AUUUUCUGAUAUAGAUACAUUCUUGCUUGCUCAUUCGUAUUUUUUUCCUUGAGAGAGUUGCAUCGGGUUUGUGGAUAGUUUCGUAACACCUCGGUGAAUUAUUAAAUUAAUUGUAAGAAAUCGGCUAAUUAAUAAAUCUAUGGGAAAAAUGACCAAUCAAAAUGGAAACCAAAACAAUGACAAUGAUGAACAAAUAACUGAGCCCGAGCAAUUCCGUAAAUUGUUCAUUGGCGGUCUGGAUUACCGCACCACUGAUGAAGGCUUGAAAUCGCAUUUCGAGAAAUGGGGCCGAGUUGUCGAUGUGGUGGUAAUGAAAGAUCCCCGCACCAAAAAAUCACGUGGUUUUGGUUUCAUUACCUAUUCCAAGUCAACUAUGGUGGAUGAUGCCCAAAAUGCCCGUCCCCACAAAAUCGAUGGACGUGUUGUUGAACCCAAGCGUGCUGUGCCACGUCAAGAUAUUGACAAUCCAAAUGCAGGAGCCACUGUUAAAAAAGUCUUUGUGGGUGGUCUCAAGGAUGAACAUGAUGAGCAGUGUCUGCGCGACUAUUUCAACAAAUACGGAACAAUUGUGGAAAUUAAUAUUGUAAUGGACAAGGAGACCGGCAAAAAACGUGGUUUCGCUUUCGUUGAAUAUGAUGAUUACGAUCCAGUUGACAAAAUUGUUUUGCAAAAAUCUCACAACAUUAAAAACAAAACUCUGGAUGUAAAGAAAGCUUUGCCUAAAAAUGAUAUGGGAGGUCCACAAGGUGGCGGCAAUAUGGGCGGUCGUGGCGGAAAUAUGGGUGGUCGCGGCGGUAAUAUGGGAGGCCGUGGCGGUAACAUGGGUGGUGGCGGUCGUGGCGGCAAUAUGGGAGGCCGUGGCGGCAAUAUGGGCAAUCAAAAUGGCAUGGGUGGCGGCGGUGGCUGGAAUGGCGGCAACAACUGGGGUGGUGGUAACUUCAACAAUGGUGGAGGUUUCAAUGGUGGUCCCGGCAACAAUGGUGGUGGUUGGGGUGGAAAUAACAUGGGCCCUUGGGAUAACAAUGGCGGCGGCGGUGGUGGUGGCUGGAAUAACAAUGGCGGCAACUUUGGUGGUCCCAGCAGUGGUGGUGGCGGCGGUAACAGCGGCAAUUGGGGUAAUGACGAUUUCGGCUCAGGCGGCUAUCAACAAAAUUAUGGUGGCGGACCCCAACGAGGCGGCAACUUUGGCAACAAUCGCAUGCAGCCUUAUGGCGGUGGCGGCAACAGCUUUGGCAGCAAAAUGGGUGGAAACCAGGGAAAUUUUGGUAAUAGCGGCGGCAGUGGUGGUGGUUUCAAUAGCGGCCCCAUGGGUGGUGGCGGCGGUGGUAAUGCAGGCAACAACCGUAGAUACUAAAUAGGAUCAGCAUAGAACAAGGUGUUGUAUAAAAAAAAUCCCAGUAUAAAAUCCAUACAAAAAAUUCAAAGCCACAGACAGUUACAGUUUAACCACAAUAUGAGAGAAACAGAAAUACAGAGUUAAGAAAAAUAGAUUCAAGAUCACAUUCUUAUCAAACAAUCACAAGCUCCUUCCAAGUCAUCCAAGAGUAAAUCUCAGAGUAAAGAAUGAAAGAAAGAGAGGACGAACAGUUUUGUCCUAUCACACACAGAGAUAUGCAGCAAUUAUUGAGGAACAAGAGCAGAAGAGCAAGAGAACAGUGUUAAUAGAGGACUUAACGAAAGUGAAGAGGAGGAAGAAGAAGAAAUGUGAAGAUGAAGAAAGAGGAAACAUCAUCUCAGAGAGUUACUACUAAGUCUACUUAUAACAAAAUCAGAUCAGCAGAGACACAUUAAUUGGUGGUGAUGAUUUAAAAACAGACAGUGUGAGAAGAUAUAUAUCUCCCACCCCAUAUAUUCCCUUCUCAUAAUGUUGUCUUUUUAAUGAUAAGAUCAAAAGCAAGUGUUAGAGCCGAUAGUAGUGAAGGCUAAAAACAGCAUCAAAUAUCAAAUUAACAUUUAACAAAAAAUCAUUGAGGACAGAUAUAAGUAAUCUGUUUUUUGUAGAUCACAGUAGAUUUUAUUAUGAUGAUGAUGAUGAUAUGAUGUGAAUUGAACACUUAGUAUAAAUUGAUGAUAGCAUUGUAAGUCGUCUUGUCUCAAGUGUUGUUGUUUCUCUUCAUAGAAUGAUUGAUCUUAUAGGAUCUGUUCAGCAGCAGCCUAUUUUGAAGAAGAAAGCUAAGAAAAAAAGUAAUGGAAAACUGUCAUCAUAACAAAAUUUCUUAGCAAUAGCAUAAAACCAUAGAUAAUAUUUCUCAUUAAGUGUGUCUUGAGUAUUCUCGCACGUAUGUGUCAACCCCAUGGGCAUAGUAUGUGCUGCAUCUUAUUUUCAUUUCUUUAUAAGUCUUGAGGCGACAAUGUCUGUCACCUUAACAGUAGAAUUUAAGCUAUUUCAUACAACAACAAAAAUAUAGUUUUUAAGUUUUUUUUUUUAGUUUACUACCAACAAAAUAUAUGUGGCAAUUUUAAUUUUUACUUGAAACAACAACAACAAAAAGAUUAAUAGCAGCAAGAGCGAGCUAUAGAAGAGAAAUAGAAACAAGAAGAAAAAAUUAAGAUAACUUUGAUAAUGAGGAACAGAGAAAGUCAAAGAAGUAAGCAGAACAUUGAUACAUUUUUUUUUCUUUUCACCCCCACACAACAAUUGUAUUAGUAGACUUUUAGAUGAAUUCUAUGUUAGUAUUUGACGAAAAAGAAGAAAUUUCAAAGUUAUAACAAACCACCAUGUAAACAAGAGAUAUGUACUUGUGUGUUUUUAUUCUUGUCUUUAGAAUACUACUACUACUCUAUAAAUUUAUUCUGUAAGACUUCUUCUAAUACGCAGCCAUUACUGACUUCAGAUUUUUUCUAUUAAGCUAUUUUAUAACUGUUAGCCACAACAGAGAAGAAGAGAACAAACAAUAAAUCUAUGUACAUAUUUAUUACAUUAUGAUGAAAAUGUAAAGAAAGAAAUUUUAGAAAAACUCA